AUGGCCCAACCCAUCCCCUUGCCUGGGGCCGCCUUCCGGGGGCGGGGAGCUCGGGCCCUUCCUGGCGACGUGGGUUGGCCGGCAGGCGGGACUCCUCUCUCCUGGCCCUGGAGGGGCAGCCGCGACCACAGGGGCAGUCCAGGGACCCCACUCCUUCCCCGGUGGCCUGAGCAGGAGGUCGGCUCUAGAUUCACUGCCCGCUCUCUGCCCAGCGACCCCCGCCUCUGGGCCCCCGUGACCAGCACAUACCUGGGCACACGUGUGUACCAUGACGUGCUGCAUAUGAGCGGCUUGUACAAUGGGGCUGGUGGGGACACGCACAGGGCUACUCUGCCCAGCCCCCUCAAUGUCCAGCUGGAGGCCCCUGCAGAGCCAGGAGAGCAGCUGACGGAGACCUUCACUCUGGACACCAACACAGGCUCCUUUCUGCACACCCUGGAGAGUGCCAGCUUUCGGGCCUCCCAGCGCAUCUACGCCCACCGCACGCUGCCCCAUGUCCUGGUCUUCAGCGUGUCCAUUGUCCGAAUGGCCGCGGAGAGCCGGCCCAUCACCGUGCAGCUUCGGGCAGCCUUCUCCCCAGAAAGCCCAGACCUGGACCUGCACCUGGGCCCGGACUUCCAGGGAGCACGGUACGUGUACGGGCGCACGCUCACCCCUGAGCAACCUGCGGGGAGCCGGCAGGAGGUGCACAUGCUGUGGACACCCGCGCCCGCGGCCCUGACUCUCGGGGAAAGCGAAGAGGACGCGGCCUGGGAGUUCCUGACCGCAGUGGGCAACAGCCAGGCGGAGGCCCGGGCCCACCUCCAGGAGGCGCUGCGGCUGCGGGCCGGGGGCACGCUGUACGCGACCCACGCCCAGGCCUGGGUCGGGCUCUGGGAGGGCUGCGGCCUGGACGUGGCGGGGCCCCUACGGCUGCGCCAAGCCCUGCGCGGCGCCCUCUACUACCUGCUCAGCGCGCUGCCCCAGCCCGGGGCCCCGGGGCACGUCUGCCAUGGCCUCAGCCCCGGCGGCCUCUCCAACGGCAGCCGUGGCGAGUGCUACUGGGGCCACGUCUUCUGGGACCAGGAUCUCUGGAUGUUUCCGAACAUUCUGCUGUUCCACCCGGAGGCUGCCAGGGCCAUCCUGGAGUACCGCAUCCGCACGCUGGCUGGGGCUCGGAAGAACGCCCACAACCUCGGCUACCAGGGAGCCAAGUUCGCCUGGGAGAGUGCCGGCUCCGGUCUGGAGGUCUGUCCUGAGGCCAUUUACGGGGUCCAGGAGGUGCAUAUCAACGGGGCUGUGGUGUUGGCCUUUGAGCUAUACUACUACACCACCCAGGACGUGCAGCUCUUCCGAGAUGCCAGGGGCUGGGACCUUGUCAGCGCGGUGGCUGAGUUCUGGUGCAGCCGUGUGGAGUGGAGCCCCGGGGAGGAGAAGUACCACCUCAGGGGAGUCAUGCCCCCUGAUGAGUUCCACCCAGGCGUAAACAACUCAGUGUACACCAACGUCCUGGUCCAGAACAGCCUGCACUUUGCUGCUGCCCUCGCCGAGGACCUGGGUCUGCCUUCUGGCCUGUCCUAUCAGGGGAGCAAAGUCAACUUCUCCUUCUCUGAAGACUCUGUGACGAUUGAGGUCACAGCCCGUGCUGGACCCUGGGCCCCCCCACUGGAGGCCGAGCUGAGGCCAUCACUGGCUCGGCUCCCCCUGCCCCCAGGACACAAGGUCUCGUUUCCCCGAUCCGCUGGCCAGAUACAAAAGUCCCCCCUGUAGCUGCCUCCCUCAGGAAGUAGGGAGUUCUAGCUCGAGUUUCCUGAGAUCUCUUUGAAGACAUCAGACACCUGCUCCAGAGUCCCCAGGACUCCCUCCAGGACACCCUCGGGUCCUUCCAGCCUCACUCCAAGUCCGUCUCCCCGGCGCCGUCCUGGGCCCUGCCCUGAACAAUAAGGCUGCUGGCUGCAGAGAUUUCUCUGGGUCCGCCCCUCCGGCCACCACUCUGCAGGCGCCCAGCAGCCUGCACCUGCCCCUUCU